AGGCGGAGUCGGUGCUGCCCCGGCUGUUCGCAUUCCCCUAUUCCCGCUCUGCCAGGCUCUGCGCGGGGAGGGCGUGAUUCUUGCCUGUGGAAACCUGGGGAUAGGGUUGUCUUUGAUGCCCGCCCUCCUAGAGAUGGGAAGUGGGGUCGUCAGUGAUCGCCGCCGCCUUCGCCAGGCCGCCUGCCGCGCGAGGCGGAGAAUGGAUGUUUACUUCCCGGGCUGCGUCACUUUCCCUCGUCAGGGCCCCCACCUGUAGGAAGAGGGGUCCCUCCGAUUACCGCCGAGACCCGUUCUGGUGCUGGCGACCUGGCCGCCCUGCGGAGAUCCUGGCCGCAGCGAUGUUUCACUUCUUCAGGAAGCCUGUGGAACCGAAAAAGCCCUCGGUGUCAGACACGGAAGCAGAUGGAUUUGUCCUUUUAGGAGAGACAGAAAAUGAGCAGAGAAUGGCAGCAAGAGGUACAACUUCAGAAGUAGAAGGCGACCAACCGACUGGCACAGAAAACUCAUCCAUUGUGACUGUGGCAGGCCCCGGGGCGGAAACCAAGGCAGGCCAGCCUCCGGAAAACAGCUCAUUCAUGGCCGAGCUUCUGAGCGACGUGCCCUUCACGUUGGCCCCGCACGUGCUGGCCGUGCAGGGCACCAUCAGUGACCUUCCAGACCACCUGCUCACCUGUGACAUCAGCGAAAACUUAUCACGGUUUUGGUAUGAUUUUACUCUUGAAAAUUCAGUGCUCUGUGAUUCAUAGUUUUUAUAUUUGUACCUUAACAGCUUUAAAACAAAAGUUUGCCAUUGUAUUUAAUGUGUUUGAUGUUCUUUGCCAUUUCACUAUAUAAAUGCCCUCAAAAAAUCAAGGAUCAUAAAGUAUGUUCAUUGCUCUGUUUUUCAGAAUAAAGUACAUUUGUAUAAAAA